GGAUGUUGCCCCAAUCCAAUAUGUCCGCCGUCGUUUGCGUUGCUUGAACAAAACAAAGCUCGUGGAGGAUGGCAGACGGCGGGGUUGAGGAGCUUUCAAAGCUUGAAUAUUUGUCUUUGGUGUCCAAAGUCUGCACGGAGCUCGACAACCAUCUGGGAAUAAGUGACAAAGAUUUAGCUGAAUUUGUCAUCGACCUCGCCGAAAAACAACCGACUUUUGACGGAUUUAAGGGGCUUUUGAUCAAAAAUGGAGCUGAAUUCACCGAUUCUCUCAUCAGUAAUUUGCUCAGGCUCAUCCAGACGAUGCGACCUCCAUCCAAGGCAUCGACUAGUAAAGCCUCUGAUGCUUUGGUCAAGCCGAAGUCAGAGAAGGAUAGGUUAAAGGAAAUGUUUCCAGCACUGUGCAGAGCAAAUGAUCCAGCACCAAAAAAGCUUCUAGAUGAAGAUGAUGUGAAAGUUGCAGCCGAUGCCAUGAAAGAGCUGGAGAUGUUUAUGCCCAGUGUCAGUGGUACGGACUCCAAAGUUAGCAAGAGCAGGUCAGAAAAGAGCAGACAUCGAAGUCGCAGCAGAAGCAGAGAAAGGGACAGACACAGAGACCGAGACAGAGAUCGGGACAGGGACAGAAAGAAACGGCAUCGUACCCGUUCCCGCUCAAGGUCCAGGUCUCGUUCCAGAGAUCGUGAUCGUCACAGAGAGAGAGAUAGAGACAGAGAUCGUGGCAAGAGAAGAGACAAAUCUUCACGCUGGUCAGAGCGCUCACCAAGCCCCAGAAAAGACCAAGACAGAGAUUCUGAUCGCUGGAAGGACAAACAUGUGGACCGUCCUCCACCAGAGGAGCCUUCUGUUGGUGACAUUUACAACGGCAAAGUCACCAGUAUUAUGCAGUUUGGAUGUUUUGUUCAGCUGGAGGGGUUAAGGAAACGAUGGGAGGGUUUGGUUCACAUUUCUGAGCUGCGUAGAGAAGGUCGAGUAGCCAAUGUGGCAGAUGUCGUCAACAAAGGCCAAAGAGUCAAGAUCAAGGUGCUCUCGUUCACUGGCUCCAAGACCAGCCUCAGUAUGAAGGAUGUGGACCAGGAGACAGGAGAAGACUUGAACCCCAACAGAAGGAGGAAUGUUGGCCCAGAUGGAGGAGAGGAGAUCAAUAUGAGGAACCCUGACCGACCAAGCAACCUGAACCAGGGCCACGCACCUGAACUGGAGCAGGAUGACACCCUGGAGCGCAAAAGGCUUACCAAAAUAUCUGACCCGGAGAAGUGGGAGAUCAAACAGAUGAUUGCUGCCAACGUUUUGUCAAAAGAGGAGUUCCCUGAUUUUGAUGAUGAGACGGGGAUCCUUCCCAAAGUUGAUGAUGAGGAAGAUGAGGAUUUGGAAAUUGAGCUGGUUGAAGAGGAGCCUCCAUUUCUGAGGGGACACACCAAACAGAGCAUGGACAUGAGCCCUGUUAAGAUUGUCAAGAAUCCAGAUGGCUCCCUGUCUCAGGCGGCCAUGAUGCAGAGCGCUCUAGCUAAGGAGAGACGAGAGCUGAAGCAGGCGGCUCGAGAGGCAGAGAUGGACUCCAUCCCCAUGGGGCUCAAUAAACACUGGGUCGACCCGCUGCCAGAUGCCGAUGGGAGGCAGAUAGCAGCCAAUAUGAGAGGCAUUGGCAUGAUGCCCAACGACAUCCCAGAGUGGAAGAAACAUGCUUUUGGGGGCAACAAGGCCUCGUAUGGAAAGAAGACCCAGCUCUCCAUCCUGGAGCAGAGGGAGAGUCUGCCCAUCUACAAACUGAAGGAGCAGCUCAUUCAGGCCGUCCAUGACAACCAGAUCCUGAUUGUGAUUGGUGAGACGGGGUCUGGUAAAACCACACAGAUCACUCAGUACCUGGCAGAGGCUGGUUACACCACUAGGGGAAAGAUCGGCUGUACACAGCCUCGUCGUGUGGCCGCCAUGUCAGUCGCCAAGAGAGUCUCUGAGGAGUACGGUUGCUGUCUAGGACAAGAGGUGGGUUACACAAUCCGUUUUGAGGACUGCACCAGCCCCGAGACCGUGAUCAAGUACAUGACAGACGGUAUGCUCCUGAGAGAGUGUCUGAUCGACUCUGAACUGGGCCAGUAUGCAAUCAUCAUGUUGGAUGAAGCUCACGAAAGGACAAUCCACACUGAUGUCCUGUUCGGUUUGCUCAAAAAGACUGUACAGAAGCGCACAGACAUGAAGUUAAUCGUCACAUCAGCUACUCUGGAUGCUGUGAAGUUCUCUCAGUAUUUCUAUGAAGCUCCCAUCUUCACCAUCCCUGGAAGAACAUAUCCAGUGGAGGUUCUUUACACCAAAGAGCCUGAGACAGAUUACCUGGAUGCUAGUCUCAUCACAGUCAUGCAAAUACAUCUAACAGAGCCUCCAGGUGACAUCCUGGUGUUUCUGACUGGUCAGGAGGAGAUUGACACAGCUUGUGAGAUCCUGUAUGAGAGGAUGAAGUCUCUGGGUCCAGAUGUUCCUGAGCUGAUCAUCCUACCUGUUUAUUCUGCUCUGCCCAGUGAGAUGCAGACCAGGAUUUUUGACCCUGCGCCUCCAGGCAGCAGAAAGGUUGUCAUCGCCACAAACAUUGCAGAGACCUCUCUGACCAUCGAUGGAAUCUACUAUGUGGUGGAUCCUGGCUUUGUCAAACAAAAAGUUUACAACUCUAAGACCGGAAUCGACCAACUGGUGGUAACGCCAAUCUCACAGGCCCAAGCCAAACAGAGGGCAGGCAGAGCUGGGCGAACAGGUCCAGGAAAGUGUUACAGGCUCUACACCGAGAGAGCCUACAGAGACGAGAUGUUAACAACAAACGUGCCUGAGAUCCAGAGGACUAACUUGGCCAGCACUGUGCUGUCUCUCAAGGCGAUGGGCAUCAAUGACCUCCUGUCCUUUGACUUUAUGGACGCUCCUCCUAUGGAGACUCUGAUCACAGCCAUGGAGCAGCUCUACACUCUUGGAGCUCUGGAUGAUGAAGGCUUGCUCACACGGCUUGGAAGAAGGAUGGCUGAGUUCCCUCUGGAGCCCAUGCUCUGUAAGAUGCUGAUCAUGUCCGUCCAUCUGGGCUGCAGUGAAGAGAUGCUCACCAUUGUGUCAAUGCUGUCUGUGCAGAACGUCUUCUACAGACCUAAGGACAAGCAGGCUCUCGCUGACCAGAAAAAGGCAAAGUUUCACCAACCUGAAGGUGAUCACCUCACGCUGCUGGCUGUCUACAACUCCUGGAAGAACAACAAGUUCUCCAACCCCUGGUGUUAUGAGAACUUCAUCCAGGCUCGCUCGCUGCGGAGAGCUCAGGACAUCCGCAAACAGAUGCUGGGAAUCAUGGACAGACAUAAGCUAGAUGUAGUGUCUUGUGGUAAGGCAACAGUGCGAGUCCAGAAAGCCAUCUGCAGUGGUUUCUUCAGGAAUGCAGCCAAGAAGGAUCCUCAGGAGGGUUACAGAACGCUCAUAGACCAACAAGUGGUUUACAUCCACCCCUCCAGUGCUCUGUUCAACCGGCAGCCUGAGUGGGUUGUGUAUCACGAGUUGGUGCUGACCACUAAGGAGUACAUGCGAGAGGUGACCACCAUCGACCCGCGCUGGCUGGUGGAGUUCGCUCCCGCCUUUUUCAAAGUGUCCGACCCCACGCGCCUCAGCAAGCAGAAGAAACAACAGCGCCUGGAGCCUCUGUACAACCGCUAUGAGGAGCCCAACGCCUGGAGAAUCUCUCGUGCUUUCAGACGCCGUUAAGUCUGUUGUUAUUAAUGUGAAACUUAAAUGUUUUGACAGUGAUGACAUAAACAGAUACAGCACGGGACAUGCGAUCAGAGCCGGCUGGUUUAUAUCUGUUUCAUCACAAAUGGGCUGUUUUCACUCGUCUGUUUUAAGUUGUACACAUUGUACAGUUUCCCACCAGUGAACCUAAACUGUCCUGGCUGAUUUGGGGGCAAUUUUAGUGUCAUUAUUUUAGAAAAAAAUGGAGCACUAAUGCAUAAAGAAGAGGAAAACUUCCACAUUUGCCUUUGAGACAGUUGUUUUAAAGAUAAUCUUUUAUGAGGAGAUUCUACAAAAAAAGUGGACUAUUUAUUUUGGUAUUGUGUAAAUUGUAACCGCGCAAUGUUUAGCUUGAAUAUGACCUGAUAGAAAUGUAAACGGACCUUUUUAUUUUACAGUCAGACCUUUAAGAAUGGACAACUGGUUUGUGUUUGAAAGAUUUUGUACAAUGACUGAGACCAGUUUCACAUGCUAGUAUAUCUUAAGUUGCUCUGUGAGACUGGUCAGUGUAAAAUAUGUCAUCAUUAAAUGGUAAAUUUUCUUAA